ACGAGAAAAACGUGCGCACGUCUUAUGUUGGCGAUAUUGGCGACGUCUUAAAGAAAAAAGAGCAUAAAUUAAAAAAUAGCACCGAUUGCUAAAAACUGGACUACGAAUUGAACUGAAUUUUAAAAUUUGUGUAACUUUCUGUUUAAAAAUAGACGUCCGUUAGUGAUUUUGUUUACACAAGAUGUCAGUGGUGACGACACUGAAAUUUGACAGUUUGUUUGACAACCGUGUUUGUCAACGUUUGUGAUCUAAAUAUCCACACAAAAAACAAGCAUUUGCAGUGAAUUAACACCAGAUUUAACCAUUUGAAAGAAAAUGAUGAAUAUCCAAUCGUCUUAUGGAAUUCAGAGUACGGCAGGUGCCGUCCCUGUUCGAAAUGAAAAAGGUGAAAUUUCGAUGCAAAAGGUGAAAGUGCACCGCUACGUCUCUGGAAAAAAGCCCGAUUAUGCCCAAGACGUACGAUCCGACAGCGAAAGCGACGAUGAAGAUUUCUUGGAACGUCGCAAUCAACCCCAUCAACCACCGUCACCGGAACCGUCAAAAAGUGACGACGAGUUGAACGAUCCACGAUUACGACGUCUCCGAAUCGCAGAGAUCGAAACAGAAAUAAGGCCCGAACGAAGACGCCACAUCGUAGAACCCGAAGUUUUAGAAUCCUCCGACGAAGAGUCCGACAAAGAGCAGAUUAACCUACCCGAACAGAAACACACCCUAGAGGCCGCCCCCGACGAAGAUGAAUCCGAAGUCGAACUUAGCGACAGCGAAAUCGAAAAAAAGAGAGAGAUGAUGAAGAAACGAAUGAUGAACAGGCAGGAAGAAGAGUUCAUGCUUAAAGAGGAAGAAAAGUCGGAGUCUUCUGAAGAGUCGUCAGAGUAUGAAGAAUACACCGACUCGGAAGAAGAAACCGGGCCGAGGUUAAAACCGAUUUUCGUACGAAAAAAGGACAGGAUAACGAUAAUCGAAAAAGAGAAAGAAGUGCAGAAACAGAAACAACAGGAAAUCGAAGCGGCAAGGAAUGCGGAAGAAAGACGGCGACAGACUCUGCGCAUGGUGGAAGAGACGAUCAGAAGAGAACAACAAGCGAAGGAUAAAGAAAGCAAUGAACCGAACAUAAACGAUGUUUGCACUGACGACGAAAACGACGAAGUUGAGUACGAGGCGUGGAAAUUGAGAGAACUGAAGAGGAUUAAGCGAGAUCGAGAAGAACGCGAAGCGUUGGAGAGAGAACGGUUGGAAAUCGAGCGGUUGCGUAACAUGACGGAAGAAGAGAGACGGAUUGAGAUGCGGUUGAAUCCGAAGCAAGUCACGAAUAAAGCGGUCAAAGGGAAGUACAAAUUCUUGCAAAAGUACUUCCACCGGGGUGCCUUCUACUUGGAUAGGGAAGAUGACGUGUACAAAAGAGAUUUCGCGCAAGCUACGUUGGAGGAUCACUUUGACAAGACUAUUUUACCGAAAGUCAUGCAAGUUAAGAAUUUUGGACGCUCGGGUAGGACCAAAUAUACUCACUUGGUUGAUCAGGAUACCACACAGUUUGAUUCUCCGUGGUCAAGCGAGACUUCGCAGAAUUUGAAAUUCCACUCGACGCAGGCGGGCGGCGUUAAGCAAGUGUUUGAUAAGCCUUCACUCAAAAAAAGGAAAACGCAAUAAUACAUUUAUUAACUUGUAAAUAUACUUGACUUACUUUACUGUAUAAAAAAAUAUAAAUAAGUGUCUUCUA